UACAGUUAAACGGGACUGGGUAUUGUAUUUCAACAUACGUCAAUAACAUAUGUGAAACAGAUGUAGGAUAACGCAGAAGAGUGACUGCGUGUACAUAAACAUUUAUAAAAUUUCACUCGAUAUUUAAAGGGCACAGUUUUGUGCAAAAAUGUUUGACUCUAUAAGUAAAAGUUGUAUUAAUGAGACGUCAAUCCAUAAAGUGAAAAAUGUUCGUUGCUUGUCUGUGUUUUUGAUUGUGUGCUUGGUGGUGCUAUGCUUUACAAUAUAUGCUAAGCAGUAUACAAACUACAACACAUUGGUAGUGACCAUUUUGAGGCCGGAAAAAAAUGGACCAGACAUCGGGGAUAUGAUCUCAUACAUUGACCAUGUCAAUUCGUCGACUUCGGCUCUUUCCGGCGUUGAAUCGACCGGGGUUAUAUCCGGAAUCUCAUCUGUGCCGUCGGGACUUGGCGAGGCGACCACAAUGCAGUCUAAGUCAUCAGGACAGAAUACGCCAUUCACAGGCGUUUCUUCCACGUCAUUGCAUGCAAUGCCAUCUAAAUUGUCAGGAAAUAAUACGUCAAUUACAGAUCUAUCUUCAACGUCACACCAACUGGACUAUAAUAAGACAAUCCUUUGGUUUAACAAGCCUUCUUGGAUGACAGAAUCUAUCAUAGAGCAGACGUUACAGCAGUGCGAGUACCGCAACUGCCAUACGACGACUGAUAUGAAGCGAUUGGACACGGCGGCAGCGGUGAUAUUCACCCUUACGAGCGGCUUGGGAACCCAGCCACCUCUGACCCCGGACAAACGCAAACCCGAUCAAGCUUGGGUGUUCUUCACCCUCGAAGCCCCAUCCUACUAUGGUGGGCUAGGUCAGCCAUAUUUUGCGCCAGGAUGGACAUCCACAAUGAAUUGGUCUAUGACAUACAUGCGCGAUGCCGAUAUAUUCUUUCCAUACGGAACCCUUGAGAGACGUACUGACGCAUACAGUCGAAAUUACAGCGCCAUUUAUGAGCAGAAGACCAAGGUGGCAGCGUGGUUUGUCAGUAACUGCAGAACGCCUGGACGGAGAGAAGACUAUGUUCAAGAGUUGAAGAAUGCCGGCUUAGAGAUCGAUAUUUAUGGCGGGUGCAGUCAACAGGGGCUGCAUCUUCCACGAUUUCGAGCCGAUGAUAUAAAUAAAACUCUUAGUCAAUACUUUUUCUACUUUUCGUUUGAAAAUUCCAUUUGCGAAGAUUAUGUGACAGAAAAGCUAUUUGCCAAUUAUAACUAUGACGUCAUACAAGUAGUUCGAGGUGGUGCGGACUAUAAAAAGCUUCUUCCGGCAAACUCUUACAUACAUUCCGCCGAUUUCGAUAGUCCAGCCAAACUGGCGGAAUAUUUAAAAGAGUUAGCAGGCAAUAAAACGAAGUAUAUUGAAAUGUUGGCGAAGAAGCAAAGUGUUCUGUGGAAUGGGAUACUUGCUGAUGACGAUCCAAGUUACAGUAAAUCUUUUUGUACGUUAUGUAAAAAGUUAAGGAAGUUGGAUGAGAAUAGGCGAGUAUAUACGUCGAUGCAUGAUCACUAUCGACAAGAUCGCUGCAAGUCUUGAGACGGUCUGGUACCUGACUUUUCUUGACGCAUCUGGUAUUCUGCUUGUAUUGAAACAGGCUGGUACCAUGUUGUCUUGACGCAGUCUGGUACCCAGCUUGUCUUGACCCUGUCUGGUACCCUGUUGUCUUGACGCAAUCUAGCAUCCUGUUGUCUUGACGCCGUCUGGUACCAUGUUGUCUUGACGCAAUAUGGAGCCAAUGUUUCUUUGAUGCAGUCUGGUGCCCAGCUUGUCUUGACGCAGUCGGGUACCCUGUAUGUAUUGAAGAAGUCUGAUCCCUGGCUAGUAUAUAUGCAUCUGGUACCCGACCGGUAUUAGUUCAAUCUGGUAUCCGGGUAUUCUUGAUGCGUUCUCGAAUCCCGCUUGAUAUGACGAAGUCAGGUACCCUACUAGUCUGGAUGCAUUCUGGUUCACUGCUGGUCUUUAUGCAGCCUAGUUUCAAAUUCAAUAGAUGUUGUUUUAUUUGUAAAAUCGUUUUUGUAUGAAAACUGUAGCCAUUACUUGAAUUUUGUUAAGCAUAAUUAUGACAUAUGUCUGGUGUUUUAUUUACCACUCAUAAAUAUUUUAGCAUUCUCUGGUGCGUGUGCAAUAAGGCGAUAUAUGUUCGUUUGACCGAGAAAUAAUUCUGUGUACGAUUGUGUAAAAAAUUGAUAUAGUAAAACUAAUCCAACCAACUACGGCGGUCAUGUCUGUCUCAAUUAAGCCAUAACAAUUUUCCUUCUACUUUCUAACAAUAUGCUAUAUAAUUAUGUUUGUGUUUGUUCGUUAGUGUAUUGUGUGAUUCGAUAUGUUUAUACAUACAGUUUUUUAGUGUGUAUAACUGUGAUGAUCGCGAUUCAAUAAUGCGUUGAACGUCAAUAGGUUUCUGUUAUUAAAUACAUGAUAUAUUUCCUUAAAAAAACAAAUAAGUUUUAUAA